GUAAAAAAAAGAAAGAAAAAAAAAGAGUUGUCAAGACCCUAAUUAUUCCUUAUAUUAUGAAAAACUAUUUUCUUACUACAAGUAUUCUGCAACUUUGACCUAGGUCUUAGGCCCCUAAAAGUGAAAAAAAAACCUUGUACCCCAAGGGAGUUUUAGCCACAUGUACACUAUGAUGUUAGAUACACACGACCUUUGAUCUUUACAAGACUGAUCUGUUAAUAAUUUCUAUUGUUUAUUUACUAUUCACAUCAUCUGAUCUUGUAUUCUACUAUAGUUCAGCGGUUCAGUAGACCUUGUCACUGGAGAUUUGUGUAACCCUUCUUUUGAAGUAUAAUUUUGUCCAAAAAUAGCAGCCAGCCAUGCUGCUGCAAUAAUCUGAUCAUUACAGGUUCAUGGGCAAAACCACUAUGUACCCAAACAGUGUAGCAGUUGUUGAGCCUGUGAUCACUCUCGUGAUCAGUAAAGGUUAAGUAAUGAUAGUAUGCUUAUGCGAUAUUUGUUUUAUACUGCAAUCUGCCCCUCAUAUUCCACUGCAAUAUCAAUACAUGUACACACGCUAUUUAAAUGUGCAUAUUUUAGCGGAAUGAUAGCCUUUCUUUUUAUUUAAGAUGUAAUUCUGCCUGUUCAUCCACUGAUUUCUCUAAUAGGCUAAGAGUAUUUCGUCUUAUACCAAGAUAGUACUAGAAAAUAAUAGCACCAAAUAUGGAAAGUAAGCAUGAGCUCUGAAAAUCGUACAUGUACGUCAAUGAUGACGAAAUAUUUAAAUUUACAUUCUUCUUAGAACGGCCGACUCUGAUUGGCUUGAGUAGCUCCAAGCUCCUCCUAUUGUACGGAUUUUACUUCAGAAAAGCUCGGGGUGUGCUUUAACCGUACGACUAAACCAUUAAUUGUUGUGUAGGUGAACAUCGCGUUAAAACAUGUAGCUUUUUUUUAUUAAUGUACAUAUGAUUUGAAAUAGUUUGAAAUGUUUAAACCCUAAGUGUAGUUGUAAUAUUUCAUGUAUAUAAUAACUUAAUACAUUAUGCUAUUUUAUUAGUGCAUGAACAUCUAAUCUACUGAACUCCCCUAUCAAGAAUUGUCACGUUGGAUUUAAACUGCAGUUCCUGUCGACCGAAGAAGAACAAUGUAUCCGGCUCGGCGCUGUUCAUCGCUGUUUCACCGAGACCUGGCCGCGGUCUGUCUCUCAUCGCUGGGGACACAUCCAAAGAAACCCGGUCCGCUGAAGAAAAGCAGUCUUCCGAGUUCACGAGUUCAUCUUCCUCCAACAAGGUCAAACUCAUCGCCCGUUCUGCUCAGUUCUUUACAAGUGUGUCAGAUGGGCAGCAGCAGCAGCAGCAGCAGACUCUUCAGUACUGUGGCCCAGACUCUGAGCAGCGCUGCGCUGACAGACCUGCAUGUAGAUACUGAUGAUGACGAGUAUGAGCAGGCUGACCGUGAUGCGCUGCUGCGUGAAUGCGAGGAUGUUUUGAGGAACCGGCCUCCUCGACUGCACCGAGACUUCAUGAUGACCGGAGCCUGCUCACUGCAGAGCGCCCCCAUCCGCGUCAUGCAGUGGAACAUCUUAGCACAAGCUCUGGGUGAAGGCAAGGAUGGUUUUGUGCGCUGCCCAAUGGAGGCGUUGAACUGGUCAGAGAGGAAGUAUCUCAUUCUGGAGGAGAUCCUAACCUACAAGCCAGAUGUGUUGUGUCUACAGGAGGUGGACCACUACUUUGACACCUUCCAGCCUGUGCUCGCCAGCUUGGGCUACCAGAGCAGCUUCUGCCCCAAGCCAUGCUCCCCCUGCCUGGACGUUCACAAUAACAACGGCCCCGACGGCUGCGCUCUGUUCUUCAACCGCCGUCGCUUCCAGCUGCUCCACACCGCUCAUCUCAGACUCUCUGCCAUGAUGCUCAAAACCAACCAGGUUGCUAUCGUGGCUACGCUUCGCUGCAGGUUCACAGGUCGAGUCUUCUGCGUGGCAGUAACACACUUGAAAGCGCGGAGCGGCUGGGAGGCGUUUCGAAGCGCACAGGGGGCUCACCUCCUCCAGCAGCUCUGUGAACUAACCACACAGUCACACACAGAGAUGGAUGAUGAAAACCGGACUAGAGUUGGGGAAACCAAAGACGGUAUUCCGUUAGUGGUAUGUGGGGAUUUUAAUGCGGAGCCAAGUGAGGAAGUGUAUAGGCGCUUUAUGACUUCUCCUCUGGGGCUAGAUAGUGCUUACAAGUGUCUAAGUGAGGACGGGAACACAGAGCCACCCUACACUAGCUGGAAGAUCCGGCCCAGCGGAGAAAGCCGCUCCACCUUGGACUACAUUUGGUAUUCAGAAAGAGCAUUUCAGGUGGAUGCUGUGCUAAAGAUACCAAGCGAAGAGCAGAUCGGGCCGGACCGGCUUCCGUCGUAUCAUUAUCCUUCUGAUCAUCUGUCACUGGUGUGUGACCUUAGUUUUAGUCAGAAGCCUCAUAGGUUCAUGUAGCUGUCAAUCAUUAGUGCUCUCCAAUAGGGAUCCAGAGCAGCUUAGGACAUUAGGAUUAUGUGUGCACAAGUCUGAAUGUGACAAUGCAUUAUUUGCAUCAUUGCAAAGAAUGUAACACAUUUUAUUCAUCUAAGCCUUAUUUUUACCUGCUGAUGUAGGUCUUAAUGCACCUCUUUUUUAUUAUUUUCUUCGAUGGAGAUUAAUUAUUAUUAUUAUUAUGCUCACUGUUUGUUUAACAGAGGUUGUACAAUAUAUUGUAAUUUAUUAAGUGCUAGAGGAUGAUCUCAGGAAGAUGCACAUUCUCGAUUAAAAGGUUCCAUAAGUGGAAAGAUGUUUAUAUUUAUUCUGACUGUACAUUUUCUUUUCUUUUAGUAACACCGUAAUCAUUGAUAUGUUUGCCAUUGACCAGUAAUCUCUAAAUACAUCAGUGUAUUUAAA